AUGUUCAAAACUUACAGUUCUGCUCUGCCUCAGAGUCUUUCAAGGGGACUUGUUGGUGCGACAAGACAAACUCCCACUCCGUUUAUCCAGUUUGUCAGAGGGAAGAGAACGAAAAAAUAUGAUUUAUCACCAGCAGCCCAGAAACUCAUUACCCAAUUGUCUGUUCUUUCAGCUUCUAGAAAACAACCAAAAAUGUUGAAGCUUUGUCCUGAAGAUUUUGUCAAGCAUAACACGGUGCAAGAAGCCUACAAACUGAUUACUCGUAAAAGGAAGAAGGCCGAAAACGAAAAACUAAAGCAACAGUAUGAAUCCAUGAAACUUGCAUGUGAGGACCUUUCCAAAGUUAGUCCCGAGCUGUUCGAAGCUGCCAAUAAGAGAGAAGUUUCCAAGAGAUUCAGUUUGGAAUUGCGAGUUCCUACGAACUACCCACCCAACGUACCAUGGUACUACGACUACACCCCAGAAUCUCCCGAAGACAAGAAGUAA